AUGUCGGGCAGCAUGAAUUGGGCAGUCGUUGUGGCGUUUAACGACGGUGUUGAGUGGAUCUUUCGCUCGCCUCGUCCCGGUGCCCUUAGCGACGAGUAUGCCGCCAGAGUACUAGCCAGCGAGGUCGCCACGCUCAACUACAUCAGUACCCACAGCUCGGUACCCGUGCCCGAGGUCUUCGCCUACAGUGCCUCGCGCCAAAACGAUCUCGGUGUCCCCUAUAUCCUCAUGAGCCAGGCGCCCGGGCGUCGCCUUGUCGACUACGAAUUACGGCAGGUGAAGGGAGUUCCCGAGCUCAUGGACGAUGAUCGGAUGACGAUCAUGCGCCAGCUUGGCGCCAUCACCUCGCAGCUAUCGCACCUACGUCAACCCAAGAUCGGAUCGCUCUUCCAGGACAGCGACGGCAACUAUACCAUCGGGGAAGAGAGUGCGUACCUGGAGGCGCUUGUGGCGGCUUAUGUAUCGCACGCGCAGGAGCUCUCGUUAUCGUACCACGCCUUCUUCGCUCCGAUUCCCGACCCGACCGAGUAUACUAGCGUAGCUAGCUACCGGGCGGCCGUUGGCUGGUGGAAUGACUUUGUGGCGGUGGGCCAGAAGAUAGACCACAGCCGGAACCGGCUUGCCUACUGCAUCUCAGGCCAGCUACUGGGCGAGAUGGUGCCACGGCUGAGCGGCGACGCGGCUGCUGGCGGGGAGGGCUUCCCCCUGGCGCACCCGGAUCUGCAUACAGGUAACGUGUUUGUGGACUCGGAGCUGAACGUGUCGUGCCUCAUCGACUGGGGCUUCGCGUCGGCCGUCCCGGCGAGCGAACUGCUGGCAACGCCGCCGCUGUGGGAACCGGAGGCGGGGUUGGUAGGGUCCUUCCGGUGCGGCGUGGUGGCGGACCGGCAAAUGUGGGGGCGGGUCGACAGGAUAUGGAGUUUCCAGCGCGUGGUCCGUCUACUAUCGACCCGGGACUACUACCACUUUGCCGCGCUGUGUGAGGAGGCGGUCGACAUUCCUUUUCUGUUUCAGCAACGGGCCCAGGAGCGUGGAAGUAAGAAGCUGCUGGAGGAACUGGCGGCCGAGGACUCCACGGCCGAGUACGUUGCGAAGGAGGAGCUGGCCAGCUUUGGGACAUUGAAUGCGGUGGAUGAUUAUGGCAGACAGGAGACUGUGGCAAUGGCUAGAGAGAGUGCUGGAGGAUCCACAUUCUACACGGCCGAGGUGUACACCCUUCUGCGCAGGUCCUUGUUACGGGAUAGCAGCGAGCGAUUCGCCAUCAUUCUUUUCGAGACCCGCGCCGAGUAG